GCCGCCGCCCCGCGCCCGGCCCGCGGCCCGCCCUGACGCGACCAUGGCCAGUGACAGCGGCGGGCCCGGCGUGCUGAGCGCUAGCGAGCGCGACCGACAGUAUUGCGAGCUGUGCGGGAAGAUGGAGAACCUGCUGCGCUGUGGCCGCUGCCGCAACUCCUUCUACUGCUGUAAGGAACACCAGCGCCAGGACUGGAAGAAGCACAAGCUAGUGUGCCAGGGUGGCGAGGCCCCCCGCGCACAGCCCGCGCCGGCGCAGCCCCGCGUCGCGCCCCCGCCCGGUGGGGCCCCCGGAGCCGCGCGCGCCAGCGGGGCGGCCCGGCGCGGGGACAGCGCGGUGGCCUCGCGCGUACCGGGCCCUGAGGACGCGGCACAGGCCCGGAGCGGCCCUGGCGCGGCUGAGCCCGGCUCCGAGGAUCCUCCGGUUAGCAGGUCUCCCGGCCCGGAGCGGGACAGCCUGUGCCCAGCAGGCGGCGGCCCCGGGGAGGCGCUGAGUCCCAGCGGUGGGCUGCGGCCCAACGGGCAGACCAAGCCGCUGCCCGCGUUGAAGCUGGCGCUGGAGUACAUCGUGCCGUGCAUGAACAAGCACGGUAUCUGUGUGGUGGACGACUUCCUGGGCAGGGAGACCGGGCAGCAGAUCGGCGACGAGGUGCGCGCCCUACACGACACCGGCAAGUUCACGGACGGGCAGCUGGUCAGCCAGAAGAGUGACUCUUCCAAGGACAUCCGGGGGGACCAGAUCACCUGGAUCGAGGGCAAGGAGCCCGGCUGCGAGACCAUCGGCCUGCUCAUGAGCAGCAUGGACGACCUGAUCCGCCACUGCAGCGGGAAGCUAGGCAACUACAGGAUAAACGGUCGAACGAAAGCCAUGGUUGCUUGUUACCCAGGCAACGGAACAGGCUACGUUCGUCACGUUGAUAACCCAAAUGGAGAUGGAAGAUGUGUGACAUGUAUAUAUUAUCUGAAUAAAGAUUGGGAUGCCAAGGUAAGUGGAGGUAUACUUCGAAUUUUUCCAGAAGGCAAAGCCCAGUUUGCUGACAUUGAACCCAAAUUUGAUAGACUGCUGUUUUUCUGGUCUGACCGACGGAACCCUCACGAAGUACAACCAGCAUAUGCUACAAGGUACGCAAUAACUGUUUGGUAUUUUGAUGCAGAUGAGCGAGCAAGAGCUAAAGUAAAAUAUCUAACAGGUGAAAAAGGAGUGAGGGUUGAACUCAAUAAGCCUAAUUCAGUCAGCAAAGAUGUCUAGCAGGGCCUUUGGUCCGGCAGUACCCACAUCACCUACAGCCACUCGAUUGCCUUCUGUGGACUCGUGGAUGGGGAUGAACAGAGACUCCUGGCUGGUAUCCCAGCUAGGAGCCAGGCGACUUUGCCAGGUGUCGUCCAACAGAGGGCCCCAUCUGCUGUGACUGUUCUGUGGGGUCAGCUCCAGAUCUGUGACUGCACUUGACUGCUGACUGAAGAGGAAACACUGUCUGAGGAGAGUGGCUUUUCCAUCUGGACACGAAACAAGGGCCCUAUAUAGGAUUUUCUUCAUUCUUCUAUUUUGCCAGAUCUGUCAUCUGAGUUUAUUUCAUCUUUUUUAUAUCAAGUUUGAAUUCGGGGAAUUUUUGUAUUAGGUACAAUUUAUCAAAACUGAAUUAAGAAAAAAUUUACAGUAUUAUUCCUCAAAAUAACAUCAAUCUAUUUUUGUAAACCUCUUCAUGCUAUUAAAUUUUGCCCUAAAGACCUCCUAUGAUGAUUGUCGCCAGUGACUGAUGAUUCGGGUUUUUUUUUUUUUUGUUUUUUGUUUUUGUUUUUUAUUUUUGACUGAAAGUAAAGAAAGGGCGUUGAGUUCCAGUUGAAGUCCACAAGGUUUUUGUUGGCCUGUCUCACAGUGAUUUGAACUUAAAGGUCUCUGCUGUCACACUUUGACCUUGGUGAUAGUGAAACCUAACAGUAGAUGGUCACCACUGACUACCAAGUAACUUACAGAAUUAUGAGAGGAAAAAAGCCACAGGAAAAGGGUUUAUCUUAGAGUCAAUUUUUUAGCUACACAACUGGCACUGAAUAGCUUGAGGUCCUCCUCUACUCUGGUCCCCAAGACAAAGGGCUUUCUUCUGCGUCAGGUCUGGCCUGUCAUCAGACCCGCUGCCACAGUUUCCCCGUGGUGUCUGAAUUUGACUGUGCUUCCAGAUCUUCCCAGGUCAGAGCCUCGCUCUGCUGCAGAGCACCCAGGGCCCCAGGCACAUGGACACGUGUAUGGUUGUAGCCUCAAGCGUGGUCAUCGGCUUCUUGGACAGCUAUGAGUCAUUUUCACAGCCAGUAAUAAAAGACAUGUGUAGCUUAGAAAUCAAAAGAAGUGUAAAACCUGAUACUUUGUUUUGUGGGUUUUUCUCUUUUUAGAGAGAAGAAAGGGACAGUGGCAUAGCCACACAAGGCCCGCCAGACUCUUGUCACCACUGUAGUCCCCUUAGGAAGCCAGACUUUGCACAGAUUAUGGGUGUAGCUCCUUGUCCCCUUGGGUGUUCUAUCUCUGACCUUGAUCUUUGCCAAAAUGUGUGCUAUGCAGAACUAUUUCUGUGUAUUUCACCUUGCACCAGUCUUAGCUGUGUAGUUUGUAUCCAGUUAGAAACCUUUUCUGUGGAAAGCUCAGUAAUUCUUAUUAAGAGAUUGCUAUUGUUCAUGUAAAACAUGAAGAAAAUCAAGUAAAGCUGAAUGUGGAUUGGGGGUUACUCAGCACUGUGCUUGCGUGAGGGGCUCAUGGCAGGAAGUCCAGUUCUGUCCCACGUCCUUUCCUUCAGCCCCAAUAACCGCUGACAACCUCUCCAGCAAGUGCCUCUGCCAGCCGGCCAGCUCAAGGUUUUGCCACCCAGCCCCGAAGCAGCAUGUUUCAGAGUUGGCAUGGUGGUAGAAGAUCUGUCUGAUUGGAGCAUCAGCCUUGUAAACAUGGGAGCCCCUGGUAUACUUCGUAUGGAACCUUUACUGGUAUACCAAGUCUCAGACUCUGCCGCCUGGGGGUAUACUUUCCAGACAAAACUUAAAUUAUAUAUCUUUUGGAAAGUUUAUGUACUUUCCUGGAGGUCACUGUGAAAAGAUCAAGAAAUCAUGCACUUAAUACCCGCUUAAACUCUGAAUCUCAUGUUAGUGGCACGAAGCGGGGCUCUGUUUAAAACUUUGUGGCCUCCAUGUGUUAACCCUGGUUAGAGAGAAAGCUUUAUGAUGCUGUCUAUUUAGUACAUUAAGCAGCUGUGGAACAGACUUUUAUCCAUGGUAGGCAGAGCACUUCAGGAUUUGCAUAAAGAGACUCGUGUGGUUCGGGUGCGGUGUUUUCCUAUGAAAGCCUCUCACAUUGCUUGUAAAGCUACUCUAAUUAAAAAGAUGUAUAAAUGUUCUUGAAAAAACUUAA